CAUGGCUGCUUAUAUCAUAUAGACACAGCCGGUGAGAGUUGACAGUCUCAAGAGGUUCUGCGCGGCUGAUCAAAGUCAGCAGCCAUGUUACGGUUUUCGCUUCAACGAGUGAGAAAUUUCAAAUCUUUGAGGCCUGAGCUCUUCGCUUUGGGAAAUUCUCGUUUCUCUACUGCGACUGAGCCAUCUUCGAAGCAACGUAACCCACCGAGGGUUCCCAAUCUCAUUGGAGGUAGUUUCGUGGAUUCGCAAUCAAGUGAAUUCAUUGAUGUUAUAAAUCCUGCAACACAACAAGUUGUUUCACAAAUUCCUUUAACUAGCAAUGAAGAGUUCAAGGCUGCAGUAUCUGCAGCGAAACAAGCUUUUCCAGCAUGGCGAAACACACCAGUUACAACCCGUCAGCGCAUCAUGUUCAAGCUCCAACAACUUAUUCGGAGAGACAUUGAUAAGCUUGCCAUGAAUAUUACUACCGAACAGGGAAAAACGUUGAAGGAUGCACAGGGUGAUGUGUUCCGUGGGCUAGAGGUGGUGGAACAUGCAUGUGGAAUGGCUACUCUACAAAUGGGGGACUUCGUUCCAAAUGUGUCUAGUGGAAUUGAUACUUACAGCAUUAGAGAGCCACUUGGUGUUUGUGCUGGGAUCUGCCCUUUCAACUUUCCAGCAAUGAUUCCGUUAUGGAUGUUCCCAAUUGCAGUUACAUGUGGUAAUACCUUUGUCUUAAAGCCAUCAGAGAAAGAUCCAGGGGCUUCUUUAAUGCUUGCCGAGUUAGCAAUGGAGGCUGGUUUGCCUGAUGGUGUAUUAAAUAUUGUUCACGGCACCCGUAACAUUGUCAAUGCUAUUUGUGAUGAUGAAGAUAUCCGAGCUGUAUCAUUUGUUGGUUCAAAUACGGCUGGCAUGCACAUAUAUUCAAGAGCAUCAGCCAAAGGAAAACGUGUUCAGUCCAAUAUGGGAGCCAAAAAUCAUGCCAUCGUCUUGCCUGAUGCUAGCUUGGAUGCUACUUUGAAUGCUCUAGUUGCUGCUGGUUUUGGUGCUGCUGGACAAAGGUGUAUGGCACUGAGCACAGUAGUCUUCGUUGGAGACUCAAAAUCAUGGGAAGAUAAGCUACUGGAGCGUGCCAAAACACUGAAAGUAAAUUCUGGAACGGAACCUGAUGCAGAUCUUGGGCCAGUGAUCAGCAAAGAGGCAAAGGAACGGAUAUGCAAAUUGAUUCAAAAUGGUGUUGACAGUGGUGCCAGACUGGUGCUCGAUGGGAGGAACAUUGUGGUUCCAGGAUAUGAGCAUGGCAACUUUAUUGGUCCCACCAUCUUAUCUGAUGUCACGGCCGAUAUGGAGUGUUACAAGGAGGAGAUAUUUGGCCCGGUUCUUCUUUGCAUUCAGGCGGACAGCUUAGAUGAGGCCAUAAACAUAGUUAACAGAAAUAAAUAUGGCAAUGGAGCUUCUAUAUUUACAUCAUCUGGUGUAGAUGCUAGGAAAUUUCAGACAGAGAUUGAGGCUGGGCAGGUUGGCAUCAAUGUCCCAAUACCAGUUCCACUUCCAUUUUUCUCGUUUACUGGAUCCAAGGCGUCUUUUGCUGGGGAUCUCAAUUUCUAUGGCAAGGCUGGAGUUCAGUUUUACACCCAGAUCAAAACAGUGACUCAACAAUGGAAGGGAUUGGCAAGUGGGAGUGGAGUUUCCUUGGCAAUGCCCACUUCUCAGAAAUCACAAUAAACCGAUAAUUCCCAACUUUUUUUAGCUUUUAUAUCUAAGUAGUGUGUGAGCCCAUCAAUAAUAUGCCAAUCCUCAUCUUUCAUCGACAUAUCACUAGUGUUAUUCUAUGGGUUUUUGCUUGUGAUCACGGUUGUGUUAAAAAGAGUUUCAUGGUCUAUUGCCUUGGAACACUUCUCUUUCAUAUGCAUUAAGGCUUCACAGGUUAAACUUA